GUGUCUUGUAAGUUCUCAUUUUCAUCUAAAAGGACUACUUCUUUUUGGUGCUGCACUUGCAUUGACAUGCUAAGGGUAGCUAAAGAAUGUUUGGUGGAAAGGAUAUACCAUCUCUAUCUUCCUCAAUGAUGAAGAGUUAUGAGUUAUUAGACGAAGAACUCCAUAAUGCAUUGAAUGAGCUUAGGUCUCUGAACCAAAAAUAUGACCCAUCUAAUGCGAACAAGAAAGUUAAUUGUAGGAUCUGUUCCAUCUUAACUAAAAGUAUAUUUAGAUUUUAUAUUAUAUGCUCAAUGUUCAACAAAGCCGACUGUGAAAUCUCACAACUAGUUGUGUGGGAUGAUCCCAUGGCAAUUGAGCUCGAGAAGCUUCUAAUUCCUCACAUAAAGGUGCUUGAUUUUGGCACCUUUAGUUGUCCAUUGUUUGAGGUCUUGAAAAGCUGCGCAGGUUACAUUCUGCUAGAGAUGGUGUUUGUUCUGAAAGACAUGAAACCAUUUCUGAGUGUUGGUGAAGCAAUGUGGCUCCUGUUAAUAUGUGAUCUGAACAUAUUACAGGCGGUAGCAAAUGCUACUCCGAUCCUGAUCAGUCAAGAAAUAUCCAAAUCCAAUCAAAAGCUUCUUAAAGAAGGAGGAGUUACCCCAGAAGAGAUGAUAACCGCGGCGAUAAAAUCCGGUGUUCAGAGUAGCUGAUCAACGGUGAAUUAGCCUGCUUGGUUGAGAGAAGAUCGAUGAAGAUGAGGGCGGGGUGAAUAGGAUGAAGAAGAAGACGAAUAAAAGGUUCUACUUGCGGUACGGUGGGUAGAUGAGUUCUACUGUACUUGCCAAGAAUGAUUAGAAAAAAGUAGUGCAUAAACAUAGUUAACAGUUACUCCAAUUACAAUGUAGAGUUAAUGUUUGUAGUUGUUGGAUAUUAGUUAUUGAUCCCAUCUAAACUUACUGUCCUCUUUGAAAGAGUACCUUAA